UAAAUUUUUUUGUAUCCAAAUCAAACUGAGAAAAAAUGCACUCCAAGCUAAAUUUCCUCCUUUGAUUUUUCUACCAUCAAUUUUAUACACAAAUUUGUACAAAACAAACACAAAAUAGAUAAACGAAAACUGCACCAAGUUGAAACGUAAAUAUUUAAACAAUAGCUCUGCAAUAAUUGCAGAAUCCAAACUUUUUCAACAAAUCUCAAAAAAUAAAAAUGAUACAGUACCAAGGAAGGGGGUUUCCAGCUGGCUACGAAGAUGACAGUAAUGACGAAGAGAAGGAUUUUGAAUCAAUGGAGAUUUUCACUCAGAAUCUUAAAAUAACCGUCGUUCCUAAUAUAACAAAGUCAGCUGGAUUGAAUGGUGAAGAUUUUGAUGCUGAAUUGCCAAUGGCACUGGAAACAUGGUUCACCUCAUAUCAAACUAUGUGGAAUUCAUAUAAAAGCACACCAACUUUAAGUCAGAAUCUCAAAGCUGUCUAUAUGAACGAUGAAAAUCCAUUGUUACUGGCGCUUAAACUUUUUGCCAACUGUCCAGGUUGCAACAAUUUAAAGAACAAGAAUUUAGCAUUAUUCGUUCUUGAAACGAUUUGUGCUCUCCACAAAACCAAUCCGGAAAUCGCCAACGUGUGCACGGACAACAUGCGAAUGGUUGCAUUUAACUUUAUCAAGACAUCAGGAGUUCUACCGCUUUAUCAAGGCAUUACAACGGCCUAUCAAUUGAUCAAAAUAAAAGACAUUCUGGUGAUGAAAAUUCAAGAACUUAUCGAUGAGAAACGCUACAAAGAUGCAGCAUACUGGGCUAUCGCUUUGGAAGCUACACAAUCCUUUGAUAUUUAUCAAAUAGUUUUGCCACUCAUUUUGCAGAAUAAACCAAAUCUAGCUGUUGAAUGUUUAGAUAAGGCCAAAGAUCAACAAGAAGCAAUGGUGCAGUUUCUUGACUCGCUAUUGGACAAACGAAAGACUGUGAUCGAUCAUUGUUAUCCGAUCAUUGACCGUUAUGGAUAUACUGAACUUAAUCAAUCAAUUAUAAGUUUUCGACCAAUGUCGAAGCUUGUAGCUCGCCUCGCCAAAAAAUACCAAAUCGAUGAGCAACUCACCCCCAAUCUGAGUUACUCCAAAUCCCGCUCAUACAUGUACUACCUCUAUAAACGAUUCAAAGAUGGCAAAAUGAGUCGUGAUUCAUUUCGCGAGCUUGUCAAAGAUGCAGCAACCACAACAGUUUUGAAAUAUGAUCUCGUAGCGAAUAUUUCGUCGCAUGGUGAUCGAGAAGAGGCGCUCUAUUGGGUCAAGCUCUAUCAGAUUCCCACCGACCAAUGGCCGUCUACUCUGUACGUCGAUGACGGCGAACACAAUAGCAGUAAUGACACAGUCGACGGUGGAUGGGUUGGUAAUUGCAGUAGCGGUGGUGGUGGCAAUGGUGGUGGAGUUGGAGUUGAUGGUGGUGGAAGGGGAAGUGUAUAUGAGGAGAGUUUUUCAAGUAAUUCCGGUGAUGCAUCUCCAUCGGGAAUCAAGGAGGAAUAUCUUCAAUUGGAAUUGAGAGACGAAGCAAUUAUCCUUGUCGAUCGCAGGUCAACUUUCACCGAUAUGAUAAAAACUCUAGAAAAACAAAGUUUAAUCGGCUUAGAUUCAGAAUGGAAGCCAUCAGCUUGUCAAGUUGAGACUGUUAGUUUGCUUCAAUUGGCUACAUUUGAUAAGGUCUACCUCGUCGAUGUCAUGUCAGAAGACAUAACUGAUGAUUUAUGGAGACUUUUCGGACGCAAUAUUUUUAAUAAUUUAGAAAUUCUUAAAAUUGGAUUCGCUCUGCGCCAAGAUUUAAUAAUGUUGCAAAAAAGCUUGCCACAAAUGAAUCUUUGUCUAUCAAGUGGAUCGUGUUACUUAGAUUUGAGAGAUUUAUGGAACAGAUCAAAGUAUAUGCACUCGUUUAAUUUUCCGUAUAAAAGAGCUGAUAAAUCGGGACCAAGUCUGAGUGCUUUAACACAAGUUUGCUUAGGAAAAACACUGGACAAAUCAAAUCAAUUAUCCAACUGGGCCAAAAGACCUUUACGUCGGGAUCAAAUUAUCUAUGCAGCACUCGAUGCCUACUGUCUGGUACAAAUCUACAAAGUUAUAGCCGAAUGUUUAACACGUAUAGGUUAUGACAUUGAUCGAAUUGUCGACCAAAUAACUUCGACAAAUAGUACAAAACCCGAGAAAUCGGCCAACAAACAAUUAGAUUGUAGUAGCUCAGCUUCUAGACCUUCCCGUAAGAGCUCUCGUAAUACCUCCAUGGAGUGUAUAAGUUCCACAAAAAUAAAAUUCAUCUGUGAUUCAAUACUUGGUGGACUUCUUCAUAAUCUUCGUCGCCUCGGAAUAGAUUGUUUGGAAAUUAAUAUGCGUACAAGCUUAGAUCAUUACGUGCGCAAGGCUCAACAAGAGAAUCGAUGCAUUCUCUCACGUGAUUCGCACUUUUUACACUUCAGCAAACAUCUACCGAAAAGCCUCUGCAUCGAGAUACCCGAGGAAGCUCCAGAUAAUCAAGUUAUUAAUGUGAUUCAGUACUUUAAUAUUACGAUCAAUAAAAACGAGAUCAUAACACGUUGUCCAAAAUGCAAUGGCAUUGAAUUUAUAUCAGCAUCUGUAUAUCAAAUACGUUUUCUUAAAUAUGGCCCGGAAAACCGAAAUUCAUCUUACACUCGGGGAGGGUCUAAUGGAGGUGCUGCAUGUGCAAAUCCUGUUAGAUUAAUAUUUAAUUCAAAACCAAUUACUGAUGAAGUGCUCCAAACAGGUAGAACUUUUUCAUCAGCAUUAAUAAAAACCGACAAAAUCAGCAACCGCGUUAUUUCUUCAAAGAAUGACUUUUUUAUAUGUGAUAAAUGUGGUAGAAUCACAUGGCCCAACGAAUAUCGUAUGAGUCCGAAAAUUGCAAACCUAAUUCUCGAUGAAUAGCGCAAUCUUCUUCGGAAGAGAGGUUGUUGCCAGGAUGAGGAGGUGACAAAUGUGUAGAGCAAGUGAUAAAUAAAUAAGUAUUUUUUAAAUAGUGGAUUAUUUAAUUUGGUAAUGUUUUUUUUUUUAAUAAAUAUAUAUAUAUAUAAAUAUUUACUAUUCAUAUAUUAUGUAAAUCUCAUUAUUUAAUUUUGUAAUGUAGUACAAAAGAAAAAAAGAGACAAAAGGCAUACACACAAUUGAACAUACAAAUACAAAUAUUAAAAAGAAAAAUUAAAUAAAU